AUGAACUUCACCUCAGCAAGGACAACGCCAGGGCCGUAUGUGCAGACCGGCGGAUUAGAGCGUAAUCCCGUCCAGCGCCUUGCCGAGCAGGGUACCGAAGUGGCAGAUCGAACGAAGGAUGCCGAGCUAAUAGCAAUGAAACAACAAAUGAAAGAAAUGGCCGCAAUGAUCCAGAAAGCGACGGAUAAGGCACCCGAAGUCGGACUCAUGCUCGAGGCAACACAGCGAACUCCAUUCUCUCGACGACUCGCUACAACAGCGGUCAAACGAGCGGUCAAGCCAAGGUUGGGCCAUUACGAUGGAACGGUCGACCCACGAGACUUCUUGCUCACCUUCGGCGUGGCCCUCGGCCCAUUGCAGUUCAGCCCGGCAGAAUACGACGCAGGAGCUUGUCAAGUUUUCGCCGAACAUUUGACGGGAACCGCCUUGAGUUGGUUCUCGAGGCUACCACCAGGAUCAAUCGACAGCAUCAGGGAGCUGAUAACUGAGUUUCUGAAGCAGUUCUCUGUUUUAAUUGAGGACAAGAAUUCCCACGCCGACUUAUAUGCCUUAACUCAGCACAAGGGGGAAUCGCUUCGGUCCUUUAUUGGACGAUUCAAGGAGAUUUAUGUCAACAUCUCAAUCCCCGAUGCGGCCGCAAUCGUUGCGCUCCGAAACGCACUAUGGUAUGAAUCUCGAUUCAAGGAGGAAUUAUCUUUGACACAUGUCGAGACCGUAGCCGAGGCAUUACUCCGAGCUGCAAAACACAUUGGGCUCGAAGAAGAGAAAGCUAUCAACGCCAAGAAGCAUUCCUCGGAGGCAAGUGCAAUAACCAGACAGCCUAUAGCCGCAGCUCCAAAAGUCGAUUAUGUCGAGCCACGGCAGCACUUCACCAAGAACCAAGAUCGAACUCGCCGAACCUUUGCGAUCGGCGAAAACAAGUAUAUCCGGAAAGAAGGAGCUGAAAAUAGCGCAACCUCGUAUUGCGACUACCAUCAGAGUAAUACCCACUCGACAGACGAAUGUCAUUACCUCCAGAGGAUUCUGAUGGAACGAUACAAGAAAGGCGCAAUAGUCGUCGAGCCGGACAGAAGCAAGACAGCCCGACCUGGACGAAAUGAUGCCAAGCGCGCUGAAAAUAUCGCUCGAAAGUUUGUCAAAGAUUCAAAGAUAUUAGCCGACCAAAGUGAAGACGAGAUGGAAAUUCCAAACCUACUAGCUGAACGACGUGAAGACAGCGGUCACGAAAAACGACCGCAUACAGACCGCAAGCCUGAUCAACGUCCCCCGACUAUAAGACGAAUCAACAUGAUAAUGGGUGGACUAGCCGGAUGUAACGAUUCGGUUAGAGCAAUCAGAGAUUAUACUAAGAAAGCCGAAAUGACGAAGUCUUGGCCGUCGCGGUUCGAGGCUGAAAGUAUGCCAAUCACCUUUGACGGAAAAGACCUGGAAGGUUUGGACCUACCGCACAACGACCCGUUGGUCGUUGAGCUCUUGAUCGGCGAAAGCGAGGUGACGAGAAUAUUGAUCGACACUGGAAGCUCGGUCAACGUCAUCUUCAGAGACAUCUUGGCAAAAAUGGAAAUCGGCGAGCGGGACAUUAUGCCAGAAUGUCACUCUUUGACGGGUUUCGACGGGGAUCACCUUAUGUCCGUCGGCACAAUUACUUUGCCGAUCUUCGUUGCGGGGAUAGCCAGGUAUUUCCGUUUCGCGGUUAUCGACAAGCCGACAAUCUACAACGUCAUCCUCGGCACCCCGUGGAUCCACAAGAUGAAAGCCGUCCCAUCAACGUACCAUCAGUGCGUUAAAUUCCCAACUUCAAAAGGGGUGUACACGUUGCGCGGCAACCAGCAAACCGCACGAGCCUGUUUUCUGAUCGAGCAUAAGCUUCGCACCGGAAAGAAAUUAUAG